UUCUGUGAUCACGGGGGGAUCCGCAUAUGGGAAAAUGACAGUCAAGUUUAUGGUCAUUCUCUUGUUACUUCUGGCCGUGCACGGUGCUCGCUCUGAUCUCCUGGAAUACAGCGACGACUAUGAAGAUCACCACGAUGUGACUGUCAAUCAAAUGCUGGUCCCCAGGACGCACCAGGCGGAUGCCACCCAUAUACUGAACAAUUUACUCAAGGAAUAUGACAAGACACUUCGCCCCGAUAUCGGCGUGAAACCAACGGUUAUCGACGUGGGUAUAUAUGUCAACAGCAUCGGACCCGUGUCGUCCAUUGAUAUGGAGUACCAGAUCGAUAUUAUUUUUGCCCAGACCUGGGUGGACACCCGUUUGCGUUAUAACAGCAGCAGCAUGCGGAUUCUGACUCUCAACAGCAACAUGGUUGGCUUGAUCUGGCUUCCCGACACCAUCUUCAGGAAUUCCAAGAACGCCGACUCUCAUUGGAUAACGACGCCCAAUCAGCUGCUCCGGAUUUGGAACAACGGAAAGAUACUCUACACGCUGAGGAUGACCAUCAACGCCGAAUGCCAGCUGCAACUCCAUAAUUUCCCAAUGGACGAACACUCCUGUCCUCUCGUCUUCUCCAGCUAUGGCUACCCACGAGACGAGAUUGUGUACAAGUGGAGGCGAAACUCCGUGGAGACAUCAGACCAGAAGUACUGGAGGCUUUACCAGUUUGACUUCAUGGGCCUCAGAAACACCACCGACAUCCUUAAAACGACCGCAGGUGACUACGUCGUAAUGACGGUGUACUUUGACCUUAGUAGACGGAUGGGUUACUUCACCAUCCAGACCUACAUCCCCUGUAUUCUGACUGUGGUCCUUUCCUGGGUCUCCUUCUGGAUCAAGAGUGACGCCACGCCUGCCAGGACGGCCUUAGGUAUCACCACGGUGCUGACCAUGACCACCCUGAGCACCGUCGCCAGGAAUUCGUUACCCAGAGUGUCUUACGUGACCGCCAUGGAUCUGUUCGUCACCGUCUGCUUCCUGUUUGUCUUCGCCGCCAUGAUCGAGUACGCCAUGCUCAACUACUACUCCUACAGCGCGCAGAGACCCCCCGCCAAGACACAGAGGAUGGCCUACUCCGCUCUCAACAUGGGUCGUGCCCCUCGGACAGCGAUGCCCAUGGGCAACUCCCUCUUCUGGCACGACUACGAAGACAACUGCCUGUACGAGUGCCUGGACGGAAAAGACUGCAAGAGCUUCUUCUGCUGCUACGAGGAGUGCAAAGAGGGCGGCUGGAAGAAAGGGCGGAUCCACGUCAACAUAAGCGAGCUGGAUUCCUACUCCCGGGUCUUCUUCCCCACCUCGUUCCUGCUCUUCAACAUCGUCUACUGGGUCAGCUACCUCUACCUCUAGUAGGGCUCGGGCUGUGAUCCGUCGAAACAGCCGCAGUCCCCGCCACUUAGCUUGGGACUCAUGAGUUGAGG